AUGGAGACACCAGGGCCAACAACAGAUGUGGAGAAACAAGCGGACGCAGAGUCCUCAGAGAGGCCUCAGGAAAAGCAAUCGGCCUUCAAGAACCUCGGGCUCCUGGACCGAUUCCUCGCAGUAUGGAUCUUUCUAGCCAUGGCAAUUGGAAUAAUCUUGGGCAACUUCGUCCCCAACACCGGGCCUGCGUUACAACAGGGGAAGUUUGUGGGGGUGUCAAUACCUAUUGCCGUCGGUCUGCUCGUCAUGAUGUAUCCCAUUCUAUGCAAGGUCAGAUAUGAAAGCUUGCAUCAUGUCCUCGGUGCUCGGGGGAUCUGGGUCCAGAUUGGCUUCAGUAUAGUUGUGAAUUGGAUCAUCGCUCCCUUUUUUAUGUUAGCAUUGGCUUGGGCAUUUUUACCCGAUGAGCCCGAGUUACGACAGGGACUGAUUCUUGUUGGACUGGCACGGUGUAUUGCUAUGGUCUUAAUCUGGACAGGCCUCGCCGGAGGUGACAACGAAUACUGCGCGAUCCUCGUCGCCAUCAACUCGCUCCUCCAGAUGGUCCUCUUCGCACCCAUGGGAGUAUUCUUCAUCGAAGUAAUCAGCGGCGACACCAUCACAUUCGAAUAUAGCACCGCCGCCAAAAGCGUCGCAGUCUUCCUCGGAAUCCCCCUUGGCGCUGCAAUCCUGACACGGUUCGUCCUCCGCUGGACAACAAGCGAACGAUGGUACGACCAAGUAUUCCUGAAAUGGAUCAGCCCGCUGUCCCUUAUCGGACUCCUAUUCACGAUCCUAGUCCUCUUUGCCUCGCAGGGUCGCCAGGUGGUGCAUCAGAUUGUCUCUGUGAUCCGGGUUGCGGCACCGCUCAUCGUUUAUUUUUCUGUUAUCUUCUUUGCAACGCUUUUUAUCGCGUAUAAAAUGGGCUUUGGGUACAGGUUGGCAGCCACGCAAAGCUUCACCGCGGCGAGCAAUAACUUUGAGCUGGCUAUUGCUGUGGCUGUGGCGACCUUUGGGGAGAAUAGUAAUCAGGCUCUUGCUGCUACUGUCGGGCCGCUUAUUGAGGUUCCGGUGCUGCUGGGACUGGUUUAUGCUGUGAGGCUGGUGGCGAAGCGGCUGGGCUGGAAGGAUUGA